AUGUGUAGGCGGUCAACAUUGCCGGCGAAGCAACGACGACUAAAGGCCUUUCGGAUCUGGUUUGUAUGCCGCAGUCAGAUCAGUCUCUGUUCAACUAACACUUUUUACCACCAUCAGCUGAAUCUAUCUGCGGACCACAAGACCUGUUACUAUCCAGACCAUGCUGAGCCCAUUUGCACCCCGGGAGCUCCGUGCAACUUCAAGUGCAAGGACGGGUUCUUCCCUCAACCCCCGCUCUGGCCUAUCGAGUGCGUCUGCGAGUGGCCAUUCCAAGUCUGUAACGGCAUCUGUGGGCUCUACAAGGCGUGCCCCAGCGGCAAGCCUUGGCGCCGCGAGAAUCUGCGCAAGCGCGCUGCUUGCGAGCCGGGCAUGACUGCUUGUGGCAUAUACGGACACACGAACGUCCUGGGCAACGCCUGGGAGUGUCUCGAUACCGCAACUGACCUAGAGAGCUGUGGCGGUUGCGCUACUCCUCUCGAUGCCUUCUCCCCGCGUGGCGUGGACUGCACGGCGAUCCCGGGCGUCGCGGACGUCGCUUGCCAGGCGGGUGCUUGCGCUGUGAAACGCUGCGCUCCCGGCUACGAGGUUUCGGCAGACGGCACUUUCUGUCUUACUUCCAAUCCUCUCCUGGAGCAGAACUAA